AUGCCCCCAAAAUACGACCUCAUAAUCCUCGACUUCGACGGCACGAUCUUCGACUCCCACGAGGCCAUCUACACCUCGAUGCAACGCACCUUCCACCACUUCCUGCCCGACCACCCGCUCCCCACCACGCAGCUCACCGCCCUCAUCGCCCAAGGCCACAGCCCCGAGGUCACCUUCCGGGCUCUCCAGGACCCAACCACCCUGGACACCUUCGACGAGCCCACCUGGAUCGCCACCUACCGCGCCCUCUACCGCCAACACGGCCAGCCGCUCACGCAACCCUACCGGGACGCCUACGCGCUCGUGCGCGCCCUCACGCAGACCCACCGCCUCCCCGUGGCCAUCAUCAGCAACAAGGCCGUGGGCGCCCUCACGGCCGCGCUGCGCCGCCACGGCUUCCUGGAGUUCAUCCCGGAGGCGCUGGUCCUCGGAGACGGGGUGUUCCCGGGGGGCAAGCGGAAGCCGGACCCCGCCGGGUUCGGGGAGGGGCUGGUGCCGCGGCUGCGCGCGUAUUUCUCGGCCUCGGGCCAGACGGCGGAGUGGUUGGAGCGGGACGGCGGGGUCGAUAUGCGGCGGGUGCUGAUGGUGGGCGAUACGAUUACCGAUAUCCGGUUCGCGAGGAAUCUGGGGUGUCCGGUCUGUUGGUGUCGGUUUGGGCAGGGGGAUCGGGCGGAGUGCGAGGCGGCGGGGCCGGAGGUGGUGAUUGAUGGGUUGGGGGAGUUUGUGGGGAAGGUUCUCGGGGGCGAGGGGAGGGGAGGGGAGUGA